UCUUAGCAAAUGCAAAUACACCUCUAAGAAACAAACCUCUCUCUCUCUCUCUCAUCAAGAUUAGGGUUGUUGAUGGAUAAAGAAGAAUGCAGCAGUAGUGAAUCCGGUUGGACAACUUAUCUUUCGUCGCCGAUUAAAGUAGAUGAAGAUGAGGUCGUGGAUGAGGACUACUACUAUGAAGGGUAUAACAUUUAUAAUUAUUCGAGUAAAGUCGAACACGAAGAAGAGAGGAACAAAGAUAGCGAUGAUUCAAUGGCCUCAGAUGCUUCGUCUGGGCCAAAUUAUCAGCGGUUCCACCAAAAGAACAAGGCGUUGGAUUUGAAGAACGGGAAAAAUGAAGGUAAUUCUAAGAGUAAAAAUGAUGAUGAUCAUCAUAAUCAUUAUCAUGACGGUAAAAAAACUAGUAACUCAUACAGGAAAAAAGACAAGAAAAAGAGAGAAAAUAAGAGUACCUAUAGGAUGAAGUGAUUAAUCAUUGUAUGUUAAUGUUAGUGUUAUAAUAUGUAAUUAGUGCUUGUAUAUGGGGAUGUUGGAUUAUUAUUUCCUAAUUUGUUUGGGGUUUUUUGAUGCCUCAAGGAUAGGAAGAUGAUUCUUUUAUUAUUUAUUGAAAAUUAUGUGGGAUAUGUGUUGAUUGAUGUCUAUAUUAAUUGUUGUUCUUG